ACGGCAGCAGCGGGCAGGUCGCAGACGCCAGGGCUGAGUCGGCCGCGCCGCCCGGGGCUCACGCAGCUGAGGGAGGGCCGAGGGCUUUGGCUGCGGCGACUGCGGCUUCCCAGGGGGGGGGCGGCCCCAGGAAAGGAUGCGGCGGAGCCCCCGCCCCGGCUCGGCCGCAUCCUCUCACAAGCAAGCACCCGACUUCUCCAGCGACAACAGCAGUAGUUCCCACAGCGUGACUUCGGGGGACAGCAAUGGGCUCCUGGCGGGGCCGCAGCUCGAGCAGCCCGAGGGCAGAAGGGCCCGGGGCUCGGGCUGUGCCGAGCCCGUCUUAAGCCCAGAAACGUCCGGAGGAGCCACAUGGGCAGGAAGCUCUUGGCGGAUGCCGGCACCUCGGAGCCACAAUGGGCAGACCGCCUGUGGCGCGGCAACCGUGAGGGGCGGGGCCUCGGAACCGGCUGGAUCUCCGGCAGGCUUGGAGGAGCAGCUCAGCUUUCUCCCCGCCCUGGAUCUGAGGCAGGAGAUGCCUACCCCGCGGGUGUCGAAGAGCUUCCUGAGCUUCCUCUUUCAGGUGCUGAGCGUGUUGUUAUCGGUGGCAGGAGACGUGCUGGUCAGUGUGUACAGGGAGGUCUGUUCCAUCCGCUUCCUGUUCACUGCUGCAUCGCUUCUGAGUGUCUUUCUGGCAGCGCUCUGGUGGGGUCUCCUGUACCUGGUCCCCCCUUUGGAGAAUGAACCUAAGGAGAUGCUGACUCUGAGCCAGUACCACCAGCGAGUGCACUCUCAGGGCCAGCAGCUGCAGCAGCUCCAGGCAGAACUGAAUAAACUCCACAAGGAGGUGUCCAGCGUUCGUGCAGCCCACAGUGAGAGAGUGGCCAAGCUCGUGUUCCAGAGGCUGAAUGAGGACUUCGUUCGGAAACCUGACUAUGCACUGAGCUCUGUGGGAGCCUCCAUCGACCUGGAGAAGACGUCCAGUGACUAUGAGGACACCAACACUGCCUACUUCUGGAAUCGCUUGAGCUUCUGGAACUAUGCACGGCCACCCUCGGUCAUACUGGAGCCAGACGUGUUCCCUGGAAACUGCUGGGCUUUUGAAGGUGAUAAAGGCCAGGUGGUGAUCCGACUGCCAGGUCAUGUGCAGUUAAGCGACAUCACCCUGCAGCAUCCUCCACCCACCGUGGCACACACUGGAGGAGCCAGCAGUGCACCCCGGGACUUUGCAGUCUUUGGGCUCCAAGUUGAUGAUGAGACUGAAGUGCUCUUGGGAAAAUUCAUCUUUGAUGUGCAGAAAUCUGAGAUUCAGACUUUCCACCUACAGAAUGACCCUCCGUCAGCCUUCCCCAAGGUGAAGAUUCAGAUUCUAAGCAACUGGGGCCAUCCACGUUUCACAUGCUUAUAUCGAGUCCGUGCCCAUGGUGUGCGGAUCUCAGAGUGGGCAGAGGACAAUGCCACAGGGGUCACUGGGGGGCCUCAUUAAAAAUGCUGAUGGUUGGAGUAGAA